UGUUACAGAACAGCGCAAACCAGCGAUUACAAUGGAAUUAGAUGCCCUAAUAAAGGGAAUGCGGGAUGAACAAGGGAACUUGCUUCCCAAGUGGAGUAUGAUAUUUGUUAUGUCAUGUGUGUUUGCCGUCUCACUAGAUCCUCUAUUCUUUUACAUUUUAAUCAUUCAUCAAGAUAACAAGUGCCUUCAAAUGGACAAAAAGCUAAGAACUAUUGUUCUUGUGUUGCGAUCACUCACGGAUACCAUUUUCGCUGUGCCCUUUAUAUAUAAAAUUUACAAUGGUGUUAAAGUUCAAAUGCACAAAAAUUUGAGGACUAAUGUGGCUGCAAAUACCACGAGAAAUUUGUUUCGGGAAUCAAAAAGAGAAGUGUUGAUUGAAGGUGGCAAGAAAAUUACUCAGAAGAUGUCGUGGUUAUCUUUCUCCAUCAUAAAUGAUUUUCUAGCUCUUCUUCCCAUCCCACAACUGCUAAUAUUAGUUGUUUUUUACAAUAUGAGAGGCGCUGGAUAUGUGGAACAUAAAAAGGUUCUUAAUGUCUUCCUUCUUGGUAAAUAUCUACCAAGGAUAUAUCGAAUUCACUGGUCGUCCAAUGAACUUCGAAGGACUGCUGGAAUAUGGGUUAAAGGUCUAUUCAAUUUUUUUCUCUACAUCCUUGCCAGUCACAUACUUGGAGUUUUUUGGUAUUUCUUUUCUAUUGAACGAGAGACAUCAUGUUGGCACAAUGCUUGUGCAAAACAUAGUCCAGAUCCUAUAGGAUGUACGAAUACUUUCUAUCGUGGGCGUCGAACUACUACUUCGAGAAAUAUAACAUUUCUAAACGAGCAUUGCCCGUUAGAUACUCCAGAUGGUGCCUUACCAUUAUCUAAUUUUGGAAUAUUUCUCGAUUCCCUUAAGAAUCAUAACUCAGAGCAUACAAAGUUCGGAAAGAAGUUCUUUUACUCUUUCUGGUGGGGCUUGCAAAAUCUAAGUAAUUUUGGGACGAAUCUGACAACAACUACUAAUGUGUGGGAAAACUUAUUUGCAAUUCUCAUUUCCAUCAUUGGCUUGUUACUGUUUUUAUAUCUCAUCGGCAAUGUACAGACUUUAAUACAGUUGGAAGCUGAAAAAUCAGAAGAGAUAAGACAGAAGAUUGAGGUGAAGCAGCUAGGCGUAAACCAGUGGAUAGCCGAAAAUAAAUUCCCUGAUGAUAUCAAGAAAUCAAUCAAUCAUAGCAUAGAGCAAGCAUUGAAAAAAGACAAAGAUGCUGAUGUCCAGAACCCAUUCCUUAUUCUUCCCUGGAAAACCAAAAGAUCUGUAAAACGUCAUCUUCUCAUGGAUGCACUUAGAACAGUAAAAAAGCCUAAAUACAUGGAUGAAUAUAUGUUGACGUUGAUAUGCGAAUAUCUGAAGUCAGUGACAUACAUUGAGAACACCUUUGUUUUUCGAACAGGAGAUCCACUCGAUUGUAUGCUAUUCAUUAUCAAAGGGACAAUGUGGACCUACACAUCGAGUGAUAGUCAAGCUAGGCAAGGAAUCUCAUCAAUGGCCACCAAGCACCUUGGGAAAGGUCACUUUUACGGGGAAGAGCUUCUUGAUUGGGCAUCAGACAGUUUCGCCAAAGUUCCAGUCUCCAGCAAACAUGUCAAAACUCAGACAAAAGUAGAAGCAUUUGUGCUUAUGGCCAAGGACUUGGCAACAGUAGUCUCCAGAUGCGAGUUGGCACGUCAUACUGUUCGUCGUUUCAUUACCAAAACGCAACGACGUCCUCCCCACUCCCCGGCUGAAAUAGAGGAUGACAAGAUCUUGCCAUCUACAGCAGGCAAUUAGUAUCUUCAUAAACAUCAAAGUCGAGACGCUCUAUUUAUGGCCAAGAGUUCCAUGAACAACCUAGCUCAGUACAUUUUGUAUAAGCUCUGGCCUCAAAAUAAUAUUUUUAUUGGUUGAUAAUUAGCCGUACGUUUCAAUAAUUAAGCAGUGGUAGCCACAAUACCAUUUGUCAUGGAUAUGUUUAUGUUGGUCAUGUUCUGCAAAAUUUGCAGUUACAAGGUUUUAUAGAAAUUGAAGAGAUGAAAAAAACAAAAAAGAAAUUGAUUAGCCUGACACACUCAAAUUAAACCCACAUAAGAAACUAGCAUAUCUAAGGUAAUGUGGAGCGAAUACCACCCGACCGUAGUACUACGUAGCCCCAUGAUCUUAGUGUAGAUACUAUCG